AUGCUUCGACCAGAGGAGAGUAUAAUUAAAAGCGAGACUGGUGUAUACAAUUCAGUAGUAUCUGGUGCCGUUUGCGGUUUAGCGUCAAGUCACGAGGAGGGGAAUAUGCUAGUCCCGAUUAGUCCAAGCCCUAAGCGAGGGCUUUUUCCCACACACGGCGCGUUUGCCCUGUUCGGGUGUCUAUCAUUGGCGUUCUCCUCUCUUCUUCUUUCUCAUCCCCAACUCUCUUCAAGACACCCAGUCCGGUCAACACCACCCGUCGACAAAAUGUCUACCGCCGAGCUCGCCUGCUCUUACGCCGCCCUCAUCCUGGCCGAUGACGGUAUUGAGGUCUCCGCCGACAAGAUCCAGACCCUCAUUGGUGCCGCCAAGGUUCCCGAGGUUGAGCCCAUCUGGGCCUCCAUCUUCGCCAAGGCUCUCGAGGGCAAGGACAUCAAGGAGCUCCUGACCAACGUCGGCUCCGCUGGCCCCGCCUCCGCUGCCCCCGCCGCUGCCGGUGGUGCUGCCGCCCCCGCUGAGGAGAAGAAGGAGGAGAAGGAAGAGGAGAAGGAGGAGUCCGAUGAGGACAUGGGCUUCGGUCUCUUUGACUAAGCGUAUCAUAUCCGUAUCGAAUUUGAACUCGUUUCCUUUUUUCUCUAUCCCACGCCUCUUUUCCCGCUGCCGCUUGCCGGCUCCCUCGACGAUUCUCUCUUGUACUCGAUACUCCACGACCCCCGCUACGAAGACCUAGAACCCGGGGAAGAAAAAAAGAAAAUUAGCAAAAGAAUUCAAACGGACAAGGACAUUCAAUGGAGACUGGGUGCUCGGUGUGCCUCUGUGUCAUAAUAAUGUGACCGAGGUAGACUCGAUCGGAUACCGCUGCGACUCCGAAACUAUUGUUGCUUCCAGGAUUAUAGGGGAAUUGAAGAAAGACGUUUGGCACACUUUCGGAUUUGUCCAUGACCAUCUCGUACGGUUUGGUCUGGGUAGAUGUAUGCGUUUUCUCGUCCUCCACGG